ACACAGUCAGUGCUCUGCUGUACCAUCGCUGCAGCUGGACCUCAUCCCACCCUGCAGCUGCAGGAGACACCGGGGCCCUGAGCACUGCAUGGCAGGAGGGUGGCACCAUAGAUGGCGCGGAUGCUAUGCCUGGCACGGAGAGCGAUGACAGAGGUGAGGGGGAGCCCCGGGCUGGGUGCCCUGGAGUGCCCGCAGCCCUGGGGAGCCCCCUGGCUCCUGUGCCCCUUGGGGACGAGCCCAGGGCACAGCCAGACACAUGCAGCACCCAUACCAAUGGCUCCGUGUUCCUGGCUGUGCUGAGCAGGGGAACUGUGCUCAAAUGCAGCCAAAGAGCAGCCUCCCCCCUUCUCCUCCGCCACCCCCUGCUCGAGGCUCCCCGGAUCAAUACGGUGCAUUAGCGUUUGCCGACACUACAGCUCCUGCACCAGUGCUCGGCGGAGCCUGGGGACCUGCAGGGCGGCUGAAGCAGCCGGCACCACCCUGGCCUCGCAGCACCACGAGGGGAGGCCCCCCCUCAGCCUCAUGCCAGGGCUGUGGCUACCAAGGUGCCCCCCAGGGAAAGUACACAUCCCACAAGGCAGGAGGGGCGCAGCUGUGGCUCUCCCCAGCUUCCAUCACCAGCGAGGACAACCAGGACAGGUGAAGGGCACCUCAGCGGGCACCUCCACCAGGCACCAGUGCCGCAGCCACCGCUCCCCUUGGCAAAGAGCAGAGCUGGCUCCGUGGCUGGCUCUGGGGUGAGGGAGAAGCCCAGCGGCAGCAGCUGAGCCCGAGCUGGGGCGCAGGGGGUUAAUGGCCCCUCAAUGAACAGCACGCAGGGGGUUAACAAUAGCCCCUCUCAGCUGCUGCUACAGGAGGUUUUAGCUGCCCUAAUAGAAGCCAAUUCCCCAGCCCAGCUUCCCAAUCCCCAGGUGAAGCCACGCUUGCGUGUCCUCCACCCCAUGGCCCCCAUCCUGUCCCUCUGGCAGCCGGGGGUCCCCCCCCGUGCUCGGCCCCGAUCCCCCUACAGUCGGGGUGCCGGCGGUCCCUGCCCGUUCCUGGGGGUGGAGAGGAUGACCAGAAGCCUCAUGGUUGGGAGGCGAGCAGCUGGGGGGGGGAGCAUGACGGCCACACUGCUCCUGGCCUGGGUGCAGGAUGGGACACGGGGGCUCCCAGAGAUGGGGACAAGCAUCUUUGUCCCAGCAUCUCCCAGUGGCUGAGCCAGUGAGGCUGCCUCCUGCAUCCCGGCUGGCCGGGCUGCGUUUGGCAGCGGGACCGAUGGCGGCUAUGUGGCUGGCGCGAGGGUGCAGUGGCCCUCAGCACCCCUGGGGACGGUGACCACGCAGGGCUGGUGCGGGCUGUGCAUCGCCCUGCCCACCCGCCGGACAGCAAGGGAGGGCCGCCACGGCCACCGCUCCCCGCGCCAGCACCAAUGGGAUCCCGCGCGGCGCACACGUCGCAUUCCGCCGCUGUGUAAAUAGGAGCAGGAGUGGGAUGGUGUUCCACAGCGAGCCCGGCUCAUGGAGAGGCCAGCCAGGGUCACCGGGAACCAGAGUGUGGGGACGCGCUGCAGCAGCACUGAGCCGUGAGGAACCUCGCACUCCAAGGAUGCGCAGCUGUGGGAGGCAGUGAGGCGUCUGCCCAACCUGAAACGCAGCCCCAGAACGCCGGAGUGUCCCAGCCCCUGAUGCCGGACAUCAUCGCCCACCCCCAGGUGCCACAGCCACUGCACAGGUACCGCAGCCCCGGCGAGACGCGCGGCACAGCCGGGCACAGCAAUGCUGCCCCUUAGCUCUUUUCCAGCACCGCAGCUGGAACCAGGAUCUUCCAUCGCGGGCUACAAAGGGAUAGAUGCUCGGUAAAGCCCCCUGCCAAGGCAGCACCGCGGCACGGUUUCUCUUGCAUCUCGUCGAGCCCGGCUGUGCCGCGGGACUGCACCACCCAGCACAAUGACCCCGAAGGCACCUGCAGCCCUGCUCUGGGCACGGGUGGCAAAGAUGCUUCUGCUGCUCCAGCUGUGUGCCCACAGCCGUGCGCCCCGCGCUGCCCCACUGCCCCGCGGCUGCCCUGCCGCCUGCAUCUGCACCUCGGACCUGCUGAGCUGCAGCCGGCAGGCUCUGCAGCACGUGCCCCCCACACUACUGCCCACCGCCACCACCCUGGAUCUCAGCCACAACGCCCUCACCGGGCUCCACGACCGCUGGCUGGCUGCCCUCCCGCACCUCGAGGCCCUCCACAUCAGCCACAACCAGAUCAAAGACCUUUCUCCGCAGGCUUUCCACAACGCCUCCCACCUGCGGCACCUCGACAUGUCCUCCAACCGCCUCCAUGCCGUUGAGACGCACUACUUCAAUGCACUGGUUAGCCUGGAGGAGCUUCUACUCUACAACAACCACAUUAAACGAGUGGACGAAAAUGCCUUUGCCAGGCUGAGCGGCCUGCGGAAAGUCUACCUGAGCUGGAACAACCUGACCACCUUCCCCUUUCACUCGGUGCAGGGGCUGGGCAACUACAGCCUCCGCACACUGGACCUCUCCUCCAACAGCCUGAGCAGCAUCCCAGUGAAGGAGCUGGCGGCUCUGCCCGAGAACAUCAGGAACGGCUUGUACCUGCACAACAACCCCAUCAGGUGCAGCUGCCAGAUCUACGUGAUGCUCCAGCGCUGGAAGCAGCGAGGUUUCAGCUCCGUGAAGGAUUUCUUUGAGGAACACACUUGCAAGGUGUCUGAUGACGUGCCCCGGUCCCUGAUCAAGUUCCUCAAAUACAAUGACAUGUUUGAGAACUGCUCGGUGGACCCUGAAGAAGCGCCCCCGGUGCCCCUCCCUGUGCUGGUGGGUCAGCCCCUUCUGCUCGCCUGCAACACCAGCCUGCCACCCGCCGCCACCUACAUGUGGAUCUCCCCUCACCACGAGCCCAUCAAACACCCAGGGAACAGCAACCGCUCCGUGGAGCUCUACCGCAACGGCAGCCUGAGGAUUGCAGCUGCCAAGCCCUGGCACUCGGGGGUCUACGUGGGCUUGGCCAUGAACAGCCCCCACAAUUCCAGCAGGCUCUGCGAAGUCAACGUGACGGUCCACUACCCCAAGCCAGACGGGGAGACCUUCAGCACCGGCCUCACGACCCUGCUGGGCUGCAUCGUGAGCCUGCUGCUUGUGCUUAUUUACCUGUACCUCACACCCUGCCGCUGCCUGAGCUGCUGCAAGAAGCCGGCUCCUCUUAGCCCCCCACAGGAGUGCAGUGCCCAGUCCUCCAUCCUCAGCACCACUCCCCCCGCCACCGAUGGGCCAAACCGCAAGGUCAGCACCAACAAGCACGUGGUCUUCCUCGAGCCCGUCAGGGAGACACAGAAUGGCAAGAUCCGCCUGGCCCUCGGCGAGGACUUCCCUGAUGUCAAGCACCCCAAGGUCCUGCAGCUCAAGUCAGACUCGGAGUCCAUCAGCUCCGUCUUUUCGGACACCCCCAUUGUUCCGUAGAAAUGGGAAGAGAGCUGGGGCCGCCCAAGAGCUGUUCUCCUCCAUCGCUGCUAGAAGCAGGAUUAUCAGGCACCCCCAACUCCCCGCUUGACCGCAGCCCACAGGGGCGAUCAGCAUUACCUGCAACCGCCUCAGCCACGAGCUCCUGGUGGGGUUGGGCCGGGCGCCCGUGGUGCCCAGCAAGAGCUCUUCACGUAAGGCCCUGGUAAUGGCCUCAUUAGCAUAAGGGUAACGCUGACAAACCCCACAGGCCUGAGAAAGCCCAGCUCCAUUUGGGCAGCCAAACUUCCAAAGGGCGAUGGUGGGACCAGCAGCCUGCCACAGCCUCGAGACCCAGCCCGGUGCCGCCAGCACGGACGCCCCUGGCCAGGGAACAGCUGUGACGAGUGCAGCACUGUCCUCGCUCACGCCAGGGCCCCUGGGAUGGCAGUGCCACCGUCCUCUCCCAGUCCCUGCUGGUCCUGCAGCUGGGAGUGGGGAGAGCAUGACCCUGUCAUGGGGGGAUUUGCAGCCCUCCAUGAAGAGGGCCACGCAGGAGGGAUGGAGCUCAGCGCCUGCCCAGCCACAGUCCAGCGAACAGCACAAGCUUUCACUUCCAGAGAAGCUGUAAAUAGCCAAGGUAAGAUUAGGUGCUGUGGUACAGCGCCCGGCCCGCACUGCUUUGAGCUGCCCAUGCCAUCAAGGACAAUGAGGUCUCCGCUGCACCACCCUCCUCCACUGCUUCUCCUUAGGCAGCCAAGCGCUGCCGAAGCACAGCGAUUUAGCAGUAAUCUAAUGAGCCUAUCGAUAAAUGUGAGUAAUCCUCUCCUCUCUUGGGUCGUAAUUCUCUAGUUACAUUGGAAUAAAAAUGCCUAUUUUUUUAAGCUGAUGCUGGGCUCAGUGUCUCCUUGCCCUUGCAGGGCAGCAGUGCAGAGCCAUCCCGUGUCCCACAGGCGCAGCAAUGGGAGGCUGAGGGAGCCCCAAAUCCCUGCUGGCCUGGCCCAUGGAGUCAGGUGAUUCCCAGCAGGCUCACAGCCUCCAUUUCCAUCAAACAGCAUUAGGUCAGCCUUGGAGAGGGGUUAAAUGUGCCGAGACAGAGCUGGUGGCCUGGGGAUGGUGGGAGCAGAGCGUCAGUGAUUUGUUCUGGGAAGGGCAGGUCUCCAGUGAGGGCUGGGAGCUGGGAAGGAGCAGCAGCAACUGCUGCACAGGCACAUCCGGACCGUGACAGGGAUGAGCAGGGUUUUGAUGUGGGGGAAAGGCACCUUGGGGAAAAGGGCUUGGGGUCAGGCUUCAGCCACGUCCCAGCACCCUUCGCAGACAGAGCCCACCCACCUCAGGGAACUCCUGCCCCGCUUUCCCCAGCACCCAGCCCCGAAUUGCCCCGGCACAGGGAGCAGCUGUGCCCCCCAACAUGCCUGCCUGAUCCCACAGAGGGAUAAGGGUGUGCCCACAUCUGCCGGCCACCACCGCCCUCCACAGCCAGGGUGGGAGCAGGGAGCUGCCUGUAGCUCAGGGUGCCAGCACCAUUGCUCGGACACAACCCCAGAACUGGGCCAGGACCCUGAACAGAACUUCCCCAGCUCACAGUCCCCCCCGGGCUGUGUGCCCCGGCCCCGGGAACUUCUGUCAGUCCUGGGACCCGUGCGAGGCGAAGGUCCCUGUGCCAUUGGGACAGAGCUAGCACCCAUCCUUCAACUUUUUCAGCCAGUAAACAAGCAGUGUUUUUCCCAGCAAAAAGUCAGACGUGCCCAAAGCACCUGUCAGAAAGCCCUGUCUGUCCGAGGAGAGGAAAGCAACUGGGAGAGCAGCUCUGCUGAGCCAGCCGCAGCCGCCCAGUGUCCCCGACUCUGACACCGAGCAGCUCCAUGCGAUACGUGCCCUGCUGCCGUGUGCCCUGCAGCCGCUGGCAAAGACAACAGGAUGCAGAGCGACAGAUCCCACUGGUCUGUGCCCUUGCUCCUCACGUGCUCUCUGCUGCCGGCCCUGACCGCCUCGCGUUAGCACAGGGUCCUGAUGAGCCCAGGGUGCUGAGCCGGCCACACUGGGGUGCUGCUAGGGGUGGUGAGGUGCUUCGGUGUCGGACAGAGAGGUGAGUGUCAUCCUGCCCCUCGAGGACAAAGCUGAGGCAAUGCCAUCCCCUAGCUUUGCAUCCAUGCAGGGAUCCCAUGGGCGGGAUGGGUUGAAUUUGCCUUGGGAACGUCUGGGAAAGAGCGGAGAUGCCACCGAGAGGGCCUAGGUCCAAACCCAACAAAGGCACUGCCCCAAGCGUGGUCGGCACCUGCUGAGCCAGCACUGAGCCCCUGCGGAGCACACACCACAUCAACACUGUGUCUGCCUCUGAAAGGCGAGGUGAUGUGCCGCUCCAGCCUCCAGCGCCCAGAGCAGGUGCUACCCAUCUGCCGCUCUUCUGUUGCCACUCUUGUAGUUCUCCUCGCCCUCUCACUUAGUGCAGCCAAGAUCAGCUUCCCUGGCACCAGUGUUCCUGCACACCUGCAUCCUCAGCUGAGGGGAAUGACUGAAGCUUGGGGAAAGCUCAGGCCAACUGCAGUGCAAGAAAAGCUGCCAAGGACCCCUCUGGGGUCACUCCAGCCUUGACCUCUCCUAUCCCCCAGGAAAGCUGAGCCCCACUGUGCUGGGGCCAGGACAGCCGAGUUUUAGAUCAGCGCCACUCCCAAGGGCUCCCUACAGCCUGCCUUCACCCAGGAAAACCCUGCUGAUUCAUUUCACACCUUUCUGAUGCUCAGGAAGGACCCUGCACAACGCUGCUGCUCUGAUGAGCCAAGCGAGGCCACCCGAACCGCCGAAGCAGUUCAUUAAGUAGCCUUAAAGGCAAGUCAUCUCAGCAAAGAAAAACAUAGCCACAAGCACAGCCUCCCUGACAGGCAGGGGUUGGGAAAUGUAAUGGAUGGUCCCCAAGGAAUAUGCUGUGCUCUCUCAGCAGCCAUCCGCACCAUUACAGCCCCGGCUCGCUGCCAAACCAGCCUCCCGCUCCUGGACUCUGCAGGGUAAAGUAACGGGGCAGCACAAAGCACGGCAGCCCUGGCACACAGGGCCUGUGCACAUGGGGAUAGACUUUGGGGACCAGCCUCCAAUGCUGACUCCUGUCUGCCCUGGCACUUCACAUCCCUGCCAGGGCAAUGGGGGCACACUGAGCACCAUCCUGCACUGAUGCUGACACACAAUGCACAGCAUUGGACCUGGAUCCCUUCCUUAUGCUGCUCAUGGUUUUCCAAAGAGCUCGAAGCAGUGAAGGCUGGUGCUGGCCAGCACUACACCUCCUCCUGCCACCCAGGAGUUCCUGACAGCCCCAAGGCGAUGGAAAUCCUAGCCCUGGCAAGCCCACUGCUCAGGAAGCAGCAUUUAGAGCUGGCAGCUUGGAAAAACAUGAAGAUCAAUAAGGUCAGACUCCUUUUUUAACCAUGAAACCUAGGUGUGAGCUAGGUACUGCUCUGUGCUCUGGCUCACGUUCCCCCCCCCCCCCCGG